ACUAAAGUUCUUGAUACUUUUCAAGUGUACUCGUUUGCCGUACCUGAUACAGGCGCGUAUCAGUGAAAAUGUAUCAAGUUGUUACGUUUCGACCCACCUCUAACAGUUGGUGACAUUGGAGUUUUUUUAUAUACCACAUGUGUCUAAUUUUUACAAAUUGUUUUCGGCUCACGUGUUGCAUUUAACUAACAUUGAAAGCAUUUUUGCAUCCAUAUAUACACAAUGAAUUUGGAAAAUAAUGUGUUCAAUAUCGAAUCCGACCCUAAGAAAAAUAAAAAGAAAAAAUUCAAGCAUGCAGAUACAAAAGCUCACAGGCCUCCAACGGUUAAGGAGCUGAAUCAACUUAGAGAAACUGAAAAUCUUUUCCAUUCAAAUCUGUUUCGCUUGCAGGUUGAAGAAAUGCUGAAGGAAGUGGCUGUCAAAGCGAAGUAUACCAUUUUAUUUCAGGCGUGGUUUGAAAGCAUUUCAAAACUACUGAAUUCAGCAGAUCCAUCUCCAACGUAUGAGCUUUCAGACCAGACAUGGUUGAAAGAAAAGUUGGUCCAUAUGCCGUUGCUUCAAGAACCGUUGAAUGUGAAGGGAAGUUUCCAGUUUAUCAAGCCAUCUGAAAUAGUUAUGCUGGGAUCAUUUGUGACUAGUUGUGCCCUUGGACCAAACAUAUGUGUGGAUGUUAUGCUAGAUAUGCCUAAGCAAUGUUUCCUUCAGAGUGACUGCCUGAACGAGCGGUACCUGCGCAAGCGCGCUCUGUACCUGUGCUGCACGGCCAGCCUCCUCCAGCAGAGCGGCCUGGUCGAGGCCGCGUACUUCGCGCCGUGCCAGGGAGACCCACACAGGCCGGUGCUGCAGCUGCGGCCCACUGGGAAACUGGGCAAGCGCAUGUCGGUAUGUGUGAGGUUGUCGCCUCAGCCCGGCACCUUCAAGAUGACCAGGUUUUCCCCGACCAAGAACAAUGUGCGUCCUAGCUGGUUUUUUGGCACUCAAGACACAGAUGAAGACCUCCUGCCUUCUACACCUCAUCGUAAUCACACGAUGGUUCAAGACUUAGUGCAAUUGGAGAACGACAGGUUUUGCCAAAGCGUAUUGGCAGACUAUGCCAACAUCAAAGACGGAAUCAAGUUGUUGAAAGUCUGGUUGAAGCAGCGUGAGCUUGAUAAGGGCUAUGGUAGUUUCAGCAGUUGGCAGCUCAUGCUGCUGGUGUGCUACCUAAUCCAGAAGAAGCGUCUGAGUGUGAUGGGCAGUAGCUACCAAGUAGCGAGAGUCACCUGGGUGUAUCUGUCCCAAAGCAAAUGGAAUGAGGAUGGGAUUUCUCUCGCAGAGCCAUCGGAACAUCUGCCGUCUCUGUCCACGUUUCAUCAGCACUUUGAUGUUGUGUUUGUGGAUGUCACUGGCUAUUGCAAUGUGUGUGCAGACAUGUCAUUAGCAACGUACUUAAGGGUUAAGAGAGAAAGUGAGCUGGCCGUUAAAUGUUUGGACACGCCUGAUAUCAACAGUUUCCACGUUCUCUUCAUGACUACAAUGCCAUUCUACAGGCAGUUUGACCACAUCGUAUGCUUGAGGAACCUGGAUGCGGACAGGCGCCUGGACCACGGGCCACACGGCCUGCCCGCGGCCUCUAGGGAGGUGCUGUCGGUGCUGCGCAAGGGGCUGGGCGAGCGGGUGUCUGCCGUAGUGCCUGCCCUGCUGCAGCCGGCCGCGUGGUCCUGCAGCCAGCCCCCUCCUGCCAGGGAGCGCUCGCUUGUCCUGGGACUCGGGCUGAACCCAGAGGCCACGCAUGGCGUUGUUACGAAGGGCCCGCAGGCAAACACUGCGGAGGCAAAGGAAUUCCAAGAAUUUUGGGGAUCCCGCUCUGAGCUUCGUCGCUUCCGCGAUGGCAGCAUCUGUGAAGCUGUGGUGUGGAGCGGUAAUACGCUAGCAGAACGAAGGCUGUUGUGUCGCCAAAUAGUGGAGUAUUUACUGCAACAUAAACUGGGACUCGCUGGUUCUGAUAUACUGUAUAUUGCUGACCAGUUUGAGGACCUUAUCAAACAAAAAAUGUUGGUGCCGGAAGGCUUCGAGUACGGCACAGGGGAGGAGGCGGCUCUUGCCGUGCUGCGGGCGUUCGGAGAGCUGGCAGAAGACGUGCGCGAGCUGAAGAACAUGCCCUUGGAUGUGACGGGCGUGCAGGGCACGGACUCCGUCUUCAGCUACACGGACACCUUUCCCCCGCUGGCGACGAGGUACUCUGCUACCAGCACCAAGGUCACAGUGGACGGUCCACGCUGCCGGCUGCUUAACCCCAAGACAGGGCUGGCGCCACGUUGGGUCCCGGCCGUGCGAGGUGUCAUUCAUCUUGCGCUGAGUAACAAGUGGCCCAACGAUUUGGAUGCGGUGCGGCGUAUAAAAGCUGCAUUUUAUAUUGAACUGGCUAAAAAGCUAUCUGAGCAAUGUGAUACAACGGCACUGCCUUUCACCACACAUGUGGACAUUUUGAAGAAUGGAUUUGUCUUCCGGCUGCAGUUGGCGUAUCCUAGUGAAGUUGGGCUUCUGAAGAAGCAAGUGUCGCCCCAAGGCGUGACAUCGUAUGUUGACACAGAAGAAUCUCUAGCUCUGGAGAAAGCCAUAGUUCACAUGCCUACGCUGACUGCAGCUCUGCACAGAGUGCACCAGCAACACCCAUCGUACGGCCCGGCCUGCUGCUUGGCCAAGCGGUGGCUGUCUUCUCAGCUGCUGGACCCCCGGCACUUCCCGGACGCUGUCACGGAGCUCCUGGUGGCCUGGCUGUACCUGUGCCCAGAGCCGUGCCAGCCCCCCAUGCAGCCCCAGUUGGCCUUCUUCCGGUUCCUGCACCUGGUCAGCUCCACCAACUGGAGCUCCGAGCCCAUCAUCCUCAACUUCAACAACGAGAUGAUGCGAGAAGAAGUGCUGGAGAUAGAGACGUCGUUCCAGCAGAGUCGCGGCACUCGACCGCCCCUGUUCAUCGCCACCAGCUACCACCGCUCGGGCUGCGAGUGGACGCGCGACGCCCCGACCCUGCAGAUACUCGUGCGGGUGGCCAUGUUGGCUGCGGCUGCCUUGAAGGUCGUGGAGGGAAGGCUGCUGACAGACAACCUCGACCAAAGGUUAAUAUUCCGCCACUCAUUGUCGACAUAUGACGUAGUGAUCCACUUGCGACCACUGCUGAACCCCAGACGCUAUGAAGCUGUGGAUGUUGGCUCAGAUGCCAAUCCUUUCAGGUUACCACCAUACACACAUGCAAAUGAUGAGAAACUGCCUGUCGUUAAUUUCAAUCCAGUGGAGUUGUACAUAACUGAGCUCCGGGAAAUAUAUAGUGAGUACGCUCUUUUCUUCUAUGACUGUUAUGGAGGAAAUGUUAUUGGUGUUCUGUGGAUACCAUCAGCAAAAGAAAAAAGUGAUUUCAAGGUUUCACGCAUAAAUGCCCAUAAGUUGGUGGGACAAAAUCAGAAGAUUGAACUGAAUACAGAUGCACUGGUAGAAGAUUUUGUCAUCCUUGGUGACAAAUUGGUUCGAAAUGUGGAAGUGAAAUCAUGAACUUUCUUCGGUAGCUAAUUUAAUUAGGCAGAAUACCACCUCACAUGCCUAGAAGAUUUUACAGUACAUGAAAAAUAUUUUUCACUUUUGUGCUUGUUAUCAAUUGUUUUUGUAAUUUAUGAAUAUGUGAAAUUUAAUUUCAGUUUUACAAUGUUCCCAAAAAUCUUGAUUUACAAAUAUACAUAGUUUUUUAUCAA